GCGGCGGAGGGAGGCGGCGGCGCUGAGGCAGGGACUCUUUUGCUCGCGGUGAUCAUGUCCACUCCGGCGCGGCGCAGGCUGAUGCGCGACUUCAAGAGGUUGCAAGAGGACCCUCCUGUGGGUGUCAGUGGUGCACCAUCUGAGAACAAUAUCAUGCAGUGGAAUGCAGUUAUAUUUGGGCCAGAAGGGACACCUUUUGAAGAUGGUACCUUUAAACUAGUCAUAGAGUUCUCAGAAGAAUAUCCAAAUAAGCCUCCAACUGUUAGGUUUCUAUCAAAAAUGUUCCAUCCAAAUGUCUAUGCAGAUGGCAGUAUAUGCUUAGACAUCCUGCAGAACCGCUGGAGCCCCACAUACGACGUCUCCUCUAUUUUAACUUCAAUCCAGUCACUGCUCGAUGAACCUAACCCCAACAGCCCAGCAAACAGCCAGGCAGCACAGCUCUACCAGGAGAACAAACGGGAGUAUGAGAAGAGAGUGUCGGCCAUAGUGGAGCAGAGCUGGAACGACUCCUAACAGCCGCUGUGCUCCUCGCCCUUGUCUCCAACCUCACCCCCUAGGGAGGCUGCCAGGGAGUUCAAGUGCCACAGGCCUAAGAAUCUGCAGAAACAGAACAGCCUUUGCAAACCAAAUCCAGCCCAGCCUAGGAAGCUGCAGAGCUCAUGUAUCUUGGUUAACAUCCUUUUGAUUGCAUGGUAGGAACUAAGUUAUUGCUCCAUGGGUUUGUAAUAUAUCCUGUCCGUAUUUGUGUUUCCCGGUGUCUGAUGUUGCUGUGGAGUUCUCCUGAGGGGACAGACACAUUUUGUAAAUCUGUACUUUUUUCAGAUAUUGAAUGCCUUAUUUUUGAAUUCUUUAGAUUUUUAAAUUGGAGAAAGAGCACUUAAAGUUUUUAUAUAUAAAUAUUUCAUGUACAACUGUUAAAUACAUAACCUUAGUGCCAGACACCCUGCUCUCCCUCUCUCUCUUGUCCAAGCC